AUGAAUGAGACCAAGACAGAUUCUUCUGUCAUUCCAGAUCAAUCUAUUCAAGAGUUGGUUUUUUUCAACUAUCACGAAUAUUUGGUUCCAGGUUCAGAUGACACUUCAUUAGUGAUUAAUCAUUUCCCAAAUACACACACAGUCCUUUCCUCCAGCUCCUUUAAUGAAACUAGAAUCAUUCGGAUUCCUCGUGUAUAUCAUACAGUUCAAUUUCCUGAUUUAAUCCCACAAUUUUCAAGUUACUACCCCGGCACAGAGCCAGGUGCAAUCACUCUGACACAAUCUACCAGUGGAUCUUUUGAGGGUAAUAAUUUUAAUGAAAGCUCGUCAAUUCCCAGUUUGGAAGGCAUUAUACUGAAGAAUGAAUUUGAAAAUAUAGUCAACCUAGUCAAUGAAUCACUUGUGGUUGCAUUUAAUCCAAUGAGCAAGAGAAUAUUACUUGAAAACUUAUUGGAUCUACUAUCUGGAGGGUUGUUUGUGGGUUUAUUAAAUUUACUUGGGAUUUAUUCAUUUACGAAAAGAAAACUAAUCGAUCUAGAAAACCAAAUCAAUUCUAUUAACCAAAUUAAUGAAAAGAAGGGUGUAGACUUUAAGAUUAUAUCGCCAAGAGUCACUGGAUAUUUAUCUGUAAAUGUUAAAGAAUACAUGAAAAAUCUAUACUGGGCGACAAUGUGGUGGUGA